CGGGCUCGGAGCGGAUCACUUCGGAGACGAGAGAGAGGCGCUCGGCCAAAGCCAACGGAACCAGUGCUGCAACAUGUCGGAGCCGAAAUACCGAGAAUGGAUCCUGGAAACCAUCGACUCCCUGCGCUCGAGAAAAGCCCGACCGGACCUGGAAAGAAUCUGCCGAAUGGUCCGAAGAAGAUAUGGCUCAGACCCGGACAAAACCAGGGCUGAACUAGAAAAACUGAUCCAAGAGCAAACUGUGCUGAAAGUUAGCUACAAGGGGUCCAUUUCCUACAGGAACGCUGCUAAAGUGCAAAGGAAAUGCAGAAAGAGAACGGAGCAAGCCAGCGGCAGCGGCGAGUCGCUCGGUGAGCACGGCAAACACGCCAGUUGCAAUAACAACGGCGACAGCGCGCUCAGCCUCACGGACCAAGAAGAGUGCGAGGAUAAGGAGCCAGAGGCACGCGGGGCGAGCCCGUGUCCUGAUCCCCUGCCUCAAACCUCGCCCUCCACUCUUGAAAAGGAAGAGCAGAUUUUACCACUACCUAGCGGAAACAGUUUUGUUAGUUGUGGCGCAACGGGCCACUCCGCCGGGAGCGUGAAAGCAAGUGCAUCGAAAGACGAGGGCUUAGUCGCUGAGGCGGGGGCAAGCGGCUCCUCUGCCCACCGCGAUGCUGCUUCAAGUGCAAACCGACGGGCUGAAGGAGACGUGACGCUCGGCCACGAGGGCAGCGAUGAUGAUGGUGAUGAGAAAGAAGAGAAAACUUGCUCAAGCGCCAGCAGUCCGCCUCCGAGAAACAAGCCCCCCGCGUCCGCCAAACCCAAACUCAAGGUGGGGGCAAAGGGCUCCGGGGCGCGUUGCCCGGACUCUCCGGAUGAGAGCAGCGCUGAUCUGGGCGACAGGCUGGUUGCUGCGGUCCGAAGUCUGUACGAGAGACACCGGGGCUCCGCCGCAACACGGGGCCACGCGCCGCCGGGGCUCAAAGAUUUCCUCGACUACCUCAGCACGCAGCGAGGGAUGCCCGGGGAGAAGCUGACCCGCAACCGCGUUAAAGUGGUGCUGGAGCGCGAGAUCGAGAGGGGUCGUCUCCGCAGGACCCGCCUCGGCCACAUCACUCCUGCCGCGCGGGGGAUGGGGGCGGCCAAGCCGUCCGCGCGUCUCCUGAAGAGCGCACUGCAGGACAGACAUCUCGCGAAAAUGGAGGAGGUGAAGAAAGAAGAAAGGAUGGAGGUGGAGAGUGAGGAGCAUGGCACAGAGGAAAACACAGUGGGCUCAGCGGAGGAUGUUCCCAACACCAUCACUGAUGGAGGUCCGGCAGGUGUCGAAGCUUGCACUGACCUGACCUCACCUGACACGGAGGUCCAGAAUGAUAAUGGCACUGACUCACCACAGACCUCUGAGGGGAAAUCCCAGUCAUCUUCAUCUCUGGAGACCUCAAACCAGAGCUCCUUACAGCAGGAAGUAGACGUGGGAGGAAGUGAAGAGCAGACAAUGUCUGUGGAGCCUGAGGAUGCUGUAGCUGAGAAAAACGCAGAUGCUCCUGAUCAGCUACAUCCCGACAUUGAGGAUCAGGUGAUUGUGAUGCCAGAGAUCGUAAAGGCUCCAUCAUCAAUACCUAUAAGAAACUUUUCAGGCUGUAAGUUGGAAGUGGGAGUGUCGUCAUGUCUGCUGACCCCCUCUGCCUCACCAGGAGCGGCUGAAGAGCGAGGGAUGAAUGAAGGAAUAGGUGGCUUUGUAAAGUUGGAGACGGGAGGCAUGAGCCCGGUGGACUGGACUGUAGCAGACGUGGCCAGCUACUUCACCGCGGCUGGAUUUCCAGAGCAGGCGCUCGCUUUCAGGACACAGGAGAUCGACGGGAAGUCCCUCCUUCUGAUGCAAAGGAAUGAUGUGCUGACAGGCCUGUCAAUCAGACUUGGUCCCGCCCUAAAGAUCUAUGAAAGACACGUGAAGGUUCUGCAGAGGACCCAUUUCCAAGAUGACGAAGCUUUCUGCUGAUACACACACACACACACGCAUAUAUAUUAGCUAUUGUACAUGACAAAGUAACUCGCAUGUAUAUACCAAACAAUAUUUACUCAUCCCAGAACACGCAUAUUCCUGAAGACAUUCAGUAUGACUGUUCAGGACUUCCUGAACAGAAACAGUUCUUGUUUUCCUCACACACAAAUGUAUAUAUAUAUAUUUUUAAUCAGUAAUCCCGCAGCUAUUGGAAAGAACUUUGGCCUGAAAACACAUGAGUAAAAUGAACUGAACUAAGUAGAAGAAUGGAGUAAGUUUGGGAAGACUGAAAAGAGAAAAAAAAAAUAUUUUUUAAGAAGUGUCAACCAUUUUUUGAAAUGACUGUGCAGUUCUGUGCAGUUAAUGCUGCUCUGAUGGAUACCACUGUUUGAAUUGUGACCCCGAAUUCAUUUCAUCAAGUGGAUUUUUUGUUUAGUACUUAUUCAGUCCAGUAGGGAGCGGAACAUCAUUUUUUUGUGACCUCACUGGUUUCAAGAUUGCUAUUGAAACCAAACAAAGGCUGGAGGGUUUCCACUGCGCACAGAACGUUUUGUUAAAAAUUUUCCUCCAAUGUAAAAAA